AUGACAACAGAGAAGUCCUCCUUGUUAGGAGAUGAACCUAUCUCGUUAUAUAAUACAAAGAAGAAGAGUUCAUUUGAGAAAUAUUUGAAGUAUUUAACGCAUGUGGUGGUUAUUAUCGGUACUGUGUACUUGUGUUUAUCGAACAUAAAGGGACCUGAACCUAUGGAAGUUGAUACCAAUAAGAAAAAAAAUGUGAUAUUUAUGGUUACAGAUGGUAUGGGACCAGCAUCUUUAUCGCUUGCGAGAUCGUUCAAGCAGUUCAGAGAUGGGCUUCCCAUUGACGAUGUUUUGCAGUUAGAUCAACAUUUAGUUGGGUCUUCGAGGACCAGGUCUAAUUCUUCACUUAUUACAGAUUCUGCUGCUGGGGCGACUGCAUUUUCUUGUGGAUUAAAGUCGUAUAAUGGAGCCAUCGGAGUUUCAGCUGAUAGUGAGCCGUGCGGAACAAUUUUAGAGGCUUUGAAGCUCCAAGGAUAUAUGACAGGAUUGGUUGUUACUACGAGAAUAACUGAUGCUACUCCGGCUGCUUUUAGCUCACACGUCGACCAGAGAUAUCAAGAAGACAUGAUAGCUGAACAACAGUUGGGAGGGUAUCCUUUGGGAAGAAUGGUGGAUUUGAUCAUUGGAGGUGGAAGAUGUCAUUUCUUACCCAAGUCACAUAAGGGUGGAUGUCGUUCAGAUGACAGAAACUUGGUGGAAGAAGCACAGCAUGAAAAAGGAUGGAAUUAUGUGGGAAACCGCGAACAAUUUGAUCAAUUGAAACACGGUCAUAAUGUCCAAUUUCCAUUAUUGGGUUUAUUGGCUGACACCGAUAUUCCUUAUGAUAUCGAUAGAGAUCCAAAGGUCUAUCCAUCAUUAGCAGAACAGGUUAAAGUUGCCUUAACUGCUUUAUCGAAGGCUACUAAGGAUUCCGACAAAGGAUUCUUUUUCCUUAUUGAAGGUUCUCGUAUUGACCAUGCCGGCCACCACAACGAUCCUGCUGCUCAGGUUAGGGAAGUUUUAGCUUACGACGAUGCAUUUAAAGAAGUGUUAAAGUUCAUUGACGAAACUGAUACUGAUACUGUUGCAAUUUCUACCUCAGACCACGAAACAGGUGGUUUAGUCACAUCAAGACAAAAUACACCUUCCUAUCCUGACUAUAUAUGGUACCCAGAAGUUUUAUUAAACAGUACACACUCAGGAGAAUAUUUGUCUAGUAAGAUUGUCAACUUCACUUCCACUAACGACGACGUAACAACUCUUGACAAGUUCAUUGUGAAAGAAAUCCUUGAAAAGGAUUUGGGAAUCACAGACUACACUACAGAGGAAAUUGAAACCAUUAAACACUAUUCAAAUAGCGGACCAAAUUUAUUAUAUGUUUUAAACAAUAUAGUUUCUGUGAGAUCGCAAACUGGGUGGACAACUCAUGGUCAUUCGGCUGUGGAUGUUAAUAUUUACGCAUACACAAAUUCUAAACAAAUUAGAUCUCGAUUAUUAUCCAACAAGCCGUAUUAUGGCUUAUUAGGAAAUCAUGAAAAUAUUGAAAUCGGAGCAUUUAUGGAAGCAAUCACAGGCGUUAAAUUAGAUAAGAUUACGAAAUUGGUCAAGAAGACAAAGCAUUCGAUUACAACGAAGCUUGCUUCUCUUCAAGUAGAUGAAAUGCAUCACGGCGCUUAUUAA